GAUAUUUAUUACUUGAAAAUUUUAGUCUUUUUUCGUCAAAUCUUAUUCUACCGGCCACGGCAUUGAUAACUUUAUCGCGGGAGGCACGUGGACAUUGUUGCAGAACCACUAUAUUGAAAAGCAUGGCCGGAAUUACUCAAGUAUCUUCAAAUAAAUGCUUUGGAGGUUUUCAAAAAGUCUUCUCACAUGAAAGUGAGGAACUCAAGUGCAAGAUGAACUUUGCUGUGUACUUACCUCCAAAGGCAGAAGAUGUCAAUGUCAAGCUGCCAGUUAUUUAUUGGCUUUCGGGGCUGACAUGCAAUGAGCAAAAUUUCAUGCAAAAGGCUGGAGGUCAAAAACUGGCGGCAAAUCAUCAGUUUAUCAUUGUCUGUCCCGAUACCAGUCCAAGGGGUUGUGGUAUUGAGGGUGAAGAGGAUAGCUGGGACUUUGGUACCGGUGCUGGCUUCUAUGUUGAUGCCAAAGAAGAAAAAUGGAAGACAAAUUAUCGUAUGUUUUCAUAUAUCACCAAAGAGUUGCCACUACUGAUUUCUGCAAACUUUCCUGCUGAUUUGAGCCUAAUGUCUAUCAUGGGCCAUAGCAUGGGAGGACAUGGUGCUCUGAUAUGUGCUCUGAAGAACCCGGGGCUCUACAAAAGUGUAUCGGCGUUUGCACCGAUUUGCAACCCAGUCAAAUGUCCAUGGGGUGAAAAAGCGUUCUCAGGCUAUCUGGGUGCUGACAAAACCCUGUGGGAGGAGUGGGAUGCCACGUGUUUGGUUGCCAACUAUCAAGGCGCCCCACUUCAGAUUUUUGUUGACCAGGGAGAGGAAGAUCAGUUUCUAAAGGACGGCCAGCUUCUUCCCGAUAACUUAGUCGAAUCAUGUGCUAAAGCCGGUAUGCCAAUAAUUCUACGGAAGCAGGCAGGAUACGACCAUAGUUACUACUUCAUAGCAACUUACCUGGAAGACCAUUUCAGCCAUCAUGCAAAAUUCCUCCAAUAAGUUCUCUCUCUCUAUAUAUAUACCCGGUGGAGCAUCCGGACUGUCGUAUGGUGUGAGCAACAUUAGGAGACUAACAGCUGCGCUAUUACUAUACACAUCGCCACAUCCGUCGACCAAAAGAGAAUUUUUUUUUUUUUUAUUUAGAUUUAUGUCUAGCCUUGAUCGUUUCAUUCCGCCAUUUCUUUCAUUUGACAGCCGCAAAUGAAAUGGCGCCAAUUGGUGGACAGAAAACGAUCUUCAAAAAUUUAUCAAAUUUAUCUGUUUUUCUCUACCGUACGUAAAAGUUGAAUGCGGUUGGUUAACAACAGUUUCUUACCUGACGACGUUGACAGUUUUGAAAUUCUUGUGUUGCGAAGAAAAAGAAGGGAAAUCAAAUAUCCGUUUUGGAUGGGCUUUGAAACUUGUGUUUUAGUUAAUCAGCGCUGCAAGACACUGGCGAUUCUUCUCUUAGAGACACAAUUCUGAACUGAUGUCAAAGCGAGCGGACACAUUGGUGUAUAUCAAGUCUCGGCCUUCGCAAAUGGUGGAAUAAAAAAAAAACAAAUCAAGUGCGCAAGCGCAAAGACGACGCUAAGAAGUCGUCGCCAAAAUAAAUCCAAUUGGGAGCGGAUGCGCUGCUGGUCUGCCCUCGCCGUUCCGUCUGGCCGUGUAGCCAGAGUCAAAACACGGGGAUAGUACAUUCUACGUCUAUCUAGACGACCAGCAGAAACAACUUCCAAUGCCACACAUCCUCUGCCGCUAAAUAAACUUUGUCAGUUGUUG